UACCAUCCUCUUCCUUCCUCUCUCAAUCAAGAAGACGCCAGACAGAAACUAAAUCCAAAAAUGUCCGCGACCAACAACGAAAUCACCAUCCCACUGCCUACAUCCUUGACCUCGACGUCAACGACGCUGCCCGGCUCAACCAGCCAAGCACUGAUCGCCCACCUGCGGGCACAAGGUGCGAUCCCGGAACUCUCCACUCUGCUCGCAGACAGCCUUGCACGGGCAGGAUGGACAGACCGAGUGCGCGCGUUGAGCGCAGAACUGCUCCGGAACGGGUCGUGCGAUACAUUCCCCGAGCUGAUGACCGAGGUGCUGCGGCGGGCGCGCAUCCCCAAGUCGCAGGCGCAGGCCGGUGACAAGCAGAUCGAGACUGCCAGUGGGAAGGACAAGGACAAGGACAAGAAGGGCGCUGGGGCAAACGGCACCAGUACCCCUACCGGUGCUGCGGCCGUCAAUGGCGUCAACGGAAACGGAGCUAUCCCCGUCAGCAAGGAGUGGUCGGGCGGGCCCGACGGCCUACCGGACGUCAGGAUUCCUGAGGUUACCGUCGAGGCCGCGGUUGAGUUUCUCAAGGAGCGCAUCAAGGACGUCGUCCAGCCUAUCGACGACGAUAGCGAUUGA